CCCCUAGAUUAUUGGUUGCUGGCACCGAACGUGACUCGGAUGAGUCAAGUUCAAUGACGAAUGUUCCACAAAGUGUUGGAGGCACAAAAAGUGUAUUUAAUUGCGAAAAUUGGCAUCCGUCAGCGGGGCGGAAAAUUGUCGCCUCCACUGUCACAUUUUUAUAAAUUGCAAAUGCCCGAGUUCAGAUUUGUCAGUUUGGAAACGAAUCUCCAUCAAUAUGUCUCAUAAGUCUUGCUGUUCAGCUCUGCUGCUCAUUACAGUCCUUUUAAAGCUUGGAUCUGCUCAAUACUACACCCCGUAUAAUCCUUACAACUCGCCCAGUCCGACAUUCUCCAGUUUGAACAACUAUUACUACCAGACCACGCCGUAUCCUUACUACUACAGCACGUAUACGACACCGAGUCCCUAUAGCAAUAACCAGAUUCGCAUUUGGCCAUAUGUGAUCGGACAGUAUCUGUAUCCCACCUACUACAACACCAACUAUUACAAUCCCUACGCCUCCUUGAGCAAUGCAAACUGGCAGAGAUACUAUGCAAAUGUUUAUGGAACAAAUUCGGGAAAAAAGUAAACUAUAACUUAUUAUAAGUGUUUUUUGUUUGUAAGUUGUUCUGCCAAUACAAAUAAAAUAUAUUUAUUUUGAUAUAAAAGAA